AUGAUCUCGUCCACUUUCAUAGGCCCCCUGGCUGUUUUGCUAGCAGGCGUGUCGAGGGUCUCGGCGUUUGAUAGCAUCAGCAUCCCGACCACUGUCAAGGCCGACACCGAUGUCGAAGUCACCAUCCAAAAUGACAUCGCGUCCGGGAGCAAAUCGUUUGACGCAGGGUUCACAAACUACAAUCUCUACCUUGCAACCACCCCGCCGGGAUGGGGCACCGGCCCCGUGUGCGUCCUGGUCAACGGGACAAAGAUCGACGUCACCUCCGUAACGGUCAAGAUCCCCGCUGACGCGAUCCCUGACGGCUCCGAUUACAAGAUCACGGCCAUGGAGUUGAACUCGGAUCCGAACAAGGACGGGCCCUCGGGCUUCGAAUACAGCAACGACUUCACCUUUUCGGGCGGCACUGGAGUAUGGAGCAAGACGGAGCUCGCGGGUUCCUCGCUGGGCGACCAGGAUCACAUUCCCUGCACGGCGUACGCUUGCGCGCGCAAGUGCAACGACGAAUAUUUUGACGAGAGGAACACGACGAGCCAGGAUCCCAACGUCUACAAGAACACGUACGAGUGCGUCGCCGCAUGUCCCGGCACGACAUUCCCGUCCUGGGAUUCAGUCAUCAAUGACAACGGGGGUGGGCAAGGCUCGAGCUCCAGUGCGGGUUCCUCGGCAACCGUGGCGGCAACUGGAUCCGCCGCAUCAGCGACAGCCUCGACGUCCCAGACAGCAGGCUCGUCCUCAUCCUCACCGACGGCAUCGCAGAGCGGCGGUUCGCCGUCCCAGAAGCCUAAUAGCGCCGUGUCAGUGAGUGCCAAGGCGUCUGGACUUGUCAUUAUGGGCUUGGUAAUUGCCCAUAGCUUUCUCUAG